GUAUCAAAAGUCAAAAGUCGACUAAAACUAGGGGACGGAGGGAGUAUAUAAGAUAGAAUAAUGAAAUUAGAAAAUUGUUUUGUCAAUUUAUGGUCAAACACAAAUUUUCAAAUUUACCUUUUAUUUAUUGGAGGGAAUUAUUUUACAUGACCCGUUUAACUCUUUUUUUUAAUUAUUUACGCGAGUAGAAACUAGGCGAGCAGAAACGAUAAAUCCAAAGGAGCAGGAGGCAUUCACCUGCCGCUGUUAAUGGAGGGAGUGGGCGCCAGAUUCGGCCGGAUUUCUUCCCGGUACGGACCGACGACUGUUUUCACCGGUCGGGUCCGCAAAUGGAGGAAGAAGUGGGUCCGCGUGAUGCCGCCUAGCUCCGGCAACAACAACAGCAACAACGCCAACCAUCGAUCGGCUCCUACCAGCGAAGUCAAUGAAAUCAACGGCUCCCGUCUCUCGCUUCUCAAGUGGACGCCGAUCACUCCGAGCCAAAACAACGCCAGCGCCAACGGCGGCGCCGGCGACGAGAACGGCACUUCCGAUGGCUCUGCCAAACCUGACGUAGUUAAUGAGGAGCCGCCAAAGAGGAGAUUUAAGUAUAUUCCGAUUGCUCUGCUCGAAGAACAAAAGAAUGAGUCCAUAGAAAUUGCUGAGGACGAAACCAACGUGAUUGAAAGUGGAACAGAUGCAAAUAAAACCACUCGAGCUGAUGGUUUGGAAGAAAACCCAGAUAUCAAUGAUGUGCCAAUGCAGGAAAGCCAGGAAGCCACAGAACAACAAGAUCUGAACGAAAGCGCAUUUGGAUUGAGUUUGGAUUUGAAUACACAGGACGGUGAAGAUGAUCCCGACUCAAAAACAAACCAGCCCAAAGGUUUGUGAUGAUCUUUCCCCCAAUCUUUACUCAUUGUUGUUAGUCUAAAUGUUGAUCCUCUUUGGCAUGGUACUAUAUCCCCUCCCCCCCCCCCCGAGCGUAUCAAGGGAAAUUUUAA